AUGACCAUCCUGGGCUACAACCAUUCCCAGAGACUCCGAGGCCUUGCAAAACGCGCCAUCGGUGUGCGAAGCUGGCUCCGGGACGAAAAUACGAAGUUUCUCGUACCGUACAACCGAAAUCCAGACUAUGUUGACCGAUCUAUGAAACUACAGAAAGUCAAAGAAAUAUUUGGCUACAUCAAGGGCCAAGCUGGCAGUAUUCAAGAGUUUCGCUUUUUGGCCUUGGUGGAAUUGGGAAAAUUGAGGUCGCCCUUGCAUUUGUUUAUUGGAUCUACGAUGAAUCUUUUGAUACGUCUGUCUUUUGGGUUCAUGCUAGCAAUGCAGACCGCUUUCGUCAAGCAUUUACCUCUAUUGCAGAAGAAUUUCAGAUUCCCAGUCGCAGUGAUCCUCAAGCUGACGUACCAAUGCUUGUUCGAAGGUGGCUGGAGAGCAAAGAGCGUGGUCGUUGGGUGA